AUGUUCUGGAAAGCCCUUCGACAAGGGCCCAAAUGGACCUCUGCAAACGCCAAGAAUGUAUUGAUACGAUUUAACAGUACAGACGAAUUUAAUUAUCUCCACAGAAAAGAGCUCAUUAGCAGAUCUCCACAGUCUUACUACCCGACGAUAUCUUCGGUGCGGUCAUCGGCACCAGUUCUACGAAUUCCCGAUUUUGUACGGUCCUAUGGACUGAUAGACUUUAAAAAGUAUGAAAACAAGCGCCACUCCGAUUUGGUCCAAGUGGAGGGGCGCGUUAAGUCCAUACGAAGGGCAGGCAAAGCUAUGUACUUCAUUGACAUAGUCCAGGAUGAGACAAAACUUCAGCUUUGCGCAUCCAACAAGCUAUUGACAGGUAUGUCGAGUGAAGAAUUCUCAAAAAUUCACACUUUUAUUCGAAAAGGUGAUCACAUCGUUUGUGUUGGUCAUCCAUCUACAACAAAUGUGGGAGAACUUACUGUUAAGGCCAUGGAGCCUAUUAAAGUGACAAGUCCAUGUUUGAAUUCCGUCACUUUGCCGGACAAAAUGAGUGACCGCAAGUUGAUAAACAGCCAUAGAGUCUUGAACUACUUGGUUGAUGUUGAUCUGAAACAGAAAAUCUUGGUCAAAUCAGCCGUGACUGGAGCCAUUAGAGACUUUUUGACGUCAGCCGACUUUGUUGAAGUACAAACGCCAGUCAUUGCUGGGGCUGGCACGGGUGCAAAUGCAGAGCCAUUUAUCACAUCCCUGAGAGCGUUGUCGGACGAAAAACUCCUGCUUCGAGUAGCACCAGAGCUUUGGCUCAAGAAACUAGUAAUUGGAGGAUUUGACAAGGUGUUUGAGAUUGGAAUGAACUUCCGGAAUGAAGGAAUUGAUGCAACACAUAACCCAGAGUUCCAAACAUGUGAGUUCUAUCAAUCAUUUACAUCUCUUUCCCAGUUGAUGAAAAUUACUGAGGAUAUGUUUGCUUUCAUCUACGACGUGUUAGACAAGAAGAGUGACAAGUUGCAGAUAUUAAGACCUCAAAUCAAGAAGUUAAAAGCUUUUGGUGCUGGUGAUUUUCCCCGCUACGAGUUUAUUCCAAUGAUGGAAGAAAAGACUGGCUGCAAAAUGCCUAAUGUACUCGAUACGGAGAAUUUGCUUGAGUUCUACAAGCAAAUUAAUCUCGAACCACCAUCAACUAAAUCGCCUGCAGCACUUCUAGAUAAUUUAUCGGGAAUAUUCUUGGAGUCGAUUAGCGAAGAAACGCCCGAUGUUCCAAUAUUCAUCUACAACCAACCAUCUGUGAUGUCCCCCCUCGCCAAAUCCAGCAUUGUGGAGUAUGGCGAACGCUCAUUUGAUGUUUCUUUGCGCUUUGAACUCUUUAUCAACGGUAAGGAAUAUGUGAAUUCAUACGAAGAAGAAAACUCUCCGUAUGCUCAAGCUGAAAAGUUUGCCUUGCAGCAACAAACAAAAGCAGAAUUCAAAGAUAACGAGGCACUCAUUCCAGAUUGGUUCUACGUCCAGCAAAUGGAAUAUGGCUUACCUCCUACAGGAGGAUGGGGAUGUGGAAUAGAUCGACUCAGUAUGUUAUUCAGUGGAUCUGAAAGAAUAGAGGAUGUCUUGACAUUCGGCACGCUCCGGGACGCUAUCCGGCAAUAG